AGUUCCUCAAUUAGGUUUAGACCAUAUAAACAAUCCGACGCUGAAAAUCAAAAAGCCCUUUUCCGUCGCAAGCCCUAAUUUCGCAUCUCCCCAAGGUUGAUUUCUAGCGCAACGAUGGCGAAAUCGAUGAGAUGCAAGAGGGUGAAGAGAUUGAGAGCUAUAAGAAGAGAAAUAGUUGAGAAGGAAUCAUUCACCCAAACUAGAGAAGACGCGAAAUCCGCCGCCAUCGCGGCCGCACUCGCCGCCCCGAAGUUACCGGUUCGUCUACCACCACCUUCGCCGUUCAUGGAAGUUGCGACGCCGACCUCAGAGUCUGUUUCUGCCUCCGCUACUAUCGCCAACGAGAUGGAUGUGGAAAUGGAUGAUGAGAAGCAAAACAAGUCGCUAAAACCCAUAGGGAGGAAGUUGAAGAAAAAGUUUAAGAUGGGGAUGAAGAAUCGUCGCAGUAAGGGUUUCCUUCGAGGCAAGCGAGUCUAGAUUCUCUAGGUUUAACCAGCAAACUGGUUUGUUUCAGCUCGGAUAAUUUUGUUCCCUCUAAAUUCCCAGGUUCUUAAAUGUGUUAGAAUAUAUCUUCCUUUGUACUGUUUUACUUCGUGAGACUCAGUAUUAUAGAAAACCUUUAAAAAAAACAUGAUUUUGAACCUAAGACGUCUGAUUAUGUCCCAUCUUCCAGCUUCUUGCA